GUGUUUCUCACGAAAACCUUGCCCCGCCGGCCCCCACCGCUGAUCUGCAGCCAAACUCUCUUCACGGUUCACGCCAAAAACCCUACUGCGCCUCCAGCCCAGCCUCUAUACCCCUCGUCUCUUCAAGUUGAAGGUAACUCCCUUCCCCAACCCCUCUUCCACUUCUCACUCUCCCCCUUCAUUCAUCUUUAUCCUUUUCUUUUUUAAUUUUGAAAUCACUGCAUCGCAAGUGAACAAUUAGCAACAAUGUAUCUUCAGUUUUACAUAAAUGAGAAUGGUGAUAAAGUCUACACGACUAAGAAAGAAUCACCUCUUGGCUUAGCCACACAAUCUGCUCAUCCUGCUCGCUUCUCCCCUGAUGACAAGUACUCAAGGCAACGAGUUCUUCUCAAGAAGCGAUUUGGAUUGUUGCCAACCCAAAAUCCUCCUCCAAAGUACUAACAGGAUUUGACCAUGUUGCAUUUAGUGUUGCUUGGUUGCUGUACUUUUAGAGCUUCCCUUCUGUUUCCCCACCUUCAUGCAGUAGAGUAGUGAAGAAUGUGAUUUUCCCGCUAUGCAUUUUGUUGUACCAUCGGUGUGAAGUCAACAUUUGAAUGGAACUAAAAAUGGGAGAUGAAUUUUGAAUACAUCAUUGCUGAACUAUCCACAUUUGAAUGUCCAUUAAGAUUGAAUCAGUCAAGUGGUUUUAUUA